CCAAAUCACACUUUCUCUAUUGGGUUCUUGGCUUUAAUCCCAAUUUGAAUUUGUUAGGGUUACAAUCUCAAUACCCGAAAAUCUGUUUGUUUUGGGUUUUGAUUUUAUUAAUUUGGUUUAGUUUCCUAGCCCAUUGUGGAAUAGGACUUGUACAAAAGCUGUUAAUUGCUUACAGUUUGUUUGUUUUUCUUGUUUUGUGAAUCUGAGUUCUGCAAUCUUGUCAAGAUUGGAUUUUUAAUGGGGUGUGAGAGCAACCUGAAGACAUGGGUGUCUGAUAAGUUAAUAGCAUUGCUCGGAUACUCUAAUCCGGUAGUUGUUCAGUAUGUUAUUGGAUUAACUAAAAAAACAAACUCCCAGGCUGGUUUGGUGGACAAGCUUGUCGAAUUUGGAUUUGCGUCAUCGACUGAAACAGGGGCAUUUGCUGCACAUAUCUUUGCAAGAGUGUGUGGUGAAACAUCUGGUUUGAAGCAAUGCGGGAAACAAGAGAGGGGAGGUGCAAUGCCGGUGAGGAUGAUGCAGCGGACCCAUGUUCUGUUGGAUUCAGAUGAUGAUGGUGAUGCGGAGAGAUGUUCUGUUGAGGUUGUUUCUCAUUCUGUGUCUGUAACAGUGGAUUUCAAUAACAAAAGAUUCAGGAAGAGGGCAUUGGGUCAGAAAGAUGGAGAUGAUGAUGAGGUUAUUGUAGAACGUGUUAAAAGGCGGAACUUGCCAGAUAAAGAUGAUCAUGAGGAUGGUUCAGAGUCAGAAGAAGAGAGAUUGCGUGAUCAUAGAGAAAGGGAGAAAUUGGAGCAAAGUAUAAGGAAGAGGGACGCAGCAGCCACGCGAAAACUGACAAAGAAAAACUUAAGACGAAAAGGGGAAGAGGAGGCUGUUCGAAAAAACAGUGGUGAUUUUGAAGGUUUAAGAAGAGCUUCAAGACAAGAAUAUCUAAAGGAAAGAGAGAGAAAGAAAAUGGAUGAAAUGAUGGAUGAUGUAGAAGAUGAACAUUACUUAUUUGAAGGUGUGAAGCUCACUGAAGCAGAAUUCCGGGAAUUAAGUUACAAGAAGCAAAUAUUGGAGCUUAUGAGAAAACCAUUAGGUCUAGAUGAGGCUGAAAAUGUCACUGAGUACAGGAUGCCAGAUGCCUAUGAUGAUGAGGAGCGCGGUGUUACUCAACAGAAGAGAUUUUCUGUGGCUUUGCAGCGCUACAAGGACGACAGUUCUGGGGAUAAAAUGAAAUCGUUUGGACAGCAGAAAUCUUGGGAAGAUCAGCAACUUGGAAAAGCAACAUUGGAAUUUGGUUCAAAAAACAAAAAAAGGGUAUCUGAUGAGUAUGAUUUUGUAUAUGAAGACCAGAUUGAGUUCGUCAGGGGGUUGGUGAUCGAGGAUGAUAAAUAUGACAAGAAAACUUUACCCAUCUUCUCCUUUCAUGAUGAGUUGCUCCAAGCUGUUAAAGAUCAUCAGGUUCUUGUUAUUGUUGGCGAAACUGGAUCUGGCAAAACUACACAGAUUCCCCAGUAUUUGCAUGAGGCAGGAUAUACAAAGCAUGGAAAGAUUGGGUGCACACAGCCACGGCGAGUUGCUGCUAUGAGUGUUGCUGCCAGGGUUUCUCAAGAAAUGGGUGUCAAGCUUGGACAUGAGGUAGGUUAUUCUAUUCGUUUUGAGGAUUGCACGUCUGAAAAGACCGUUUUGAAAUAUAUGACUGAUGGAAUGUUGUUGCGUGAAUUUCUUGCUGACCCAGAUUUGGCAAGCUAUAGUGUGCUGAUGGUGGAUGAGGCCCAUGAGAGAACACUCUCUACUGAUAUUCUAUUUGCAUUAGUAAAGGAUAUUGCUCGAUUUCGACCCGGUUUUAAGCUGCUUAUCUCGAGUGCAACACUUGAUGCUGUGAAGUUCAGUAAUUAUUUUGAUUGUGCCCCAAUUUUCAACAUUCCAGGGAGGCGGUUUCCUGUCGAUAUAUACCACACAAAAGCACCAGAAGCUGAUUACUUAGAUGCUGCAAUUGCUGCUGCAAUUCAAAUCCAUGUCAGGGAACCACCUGGAGACAUAUUGGUCUUCCUCACGGGUCAAGAAGAUAUAGAAACAGCAAGCGAAACAUUAAAGUACAGGACAAGUGGUCUCGGGAGAAAGAUAUCAGAGCUGAUUAUCUGUCCCAUAUAUGCAAACCUGCCUACUGAGCAGCAAGCAAAAAUUUUUGAGCCCACACCUGAAGGGGCUAGAAAGGUUGUCCUUGCCACAAACAUAGCUGAAACUUCUCUGACUAUUGAUGGGAUCAAAUAUGUCAUCGACUGUGGCUAUUGCAAGAUGAAGUCCUAUAAUCCAAGGACUGGGAUGGAGUCAUUGCAAGUCACUCCCAUCUCAAAGGCAUCAGCAAGGCAGAGGGCAGGUCGAUCUGGUCGAACAGGCCCUGGUAAGUGUUUCCGGUUAUAUACUGUUGACAGUUAUAUUCAUGAAUUAGAUGAUACCACAAUACCUGAAAUACUAAGGACUAACCUGGCAAAUGUUGUUCUUAGGCUUAAGAGCCUUGGUAUCCAUGACUUGAUACAUUUUGAUUUUAUGGAUCCUCCACCAUCGAAAGCAUUACUAAAAGCCCUCGAACUGUUAUUUGCUUUAUCUGCAUUGAAUAAAAUGGGAGAGUUGACUAAAGUUGGUAGGCGGAUGGCAGAGUUUCCACUUGAUCCAAUGCUAUCUAAGAUGGUAGUUGCUUCUGACAGGUACAAUUGCUCAAAUGAGAUCAUUUCUAUUGCUGCCUUGCUUUCUGUUGGUAAUUCAAUCUUUUAUCGUCCAAAGGACAAACAAGUCUAUGCUGACAAUGCAAGACGGACUUUUCACACUGGGGACACAGGAGAUCACAUUGCCUUGCUUAAUGUUUACAAUACAUGGACCGAAACAAACUACUCAAGUCAAUGGUGUUACGAAAACUAUAUAAAUGCUAGGAGCAUGAAAAGAGCAAGAGAUAUCAGGGAUCAACUUAAGAGACUCUUGGAGAGAGUCGAGAUCGAGGUAACCUCAAAUCUUGACGAUUUAGAGUCUAUAAAGAAGGCCAUUACAUCAGGUUUCUUCCCUCAUUGUGCAAGGCUGCGAAAGAAUGGAUCUUAUAAAAUAGUCAAACAUCAACAGGCUGCCUCCAUACACCCCAGCUCAGGCUUGUCACAGGAGUUUCCGACAUGGGUUUUAUACCAUGAACUGGUGCUUACAUCCAAGGAAUACAUGAGACAGGUAACAGAGUUGAAGCCCGAGUGGUUGCUGGAAAUAGCUCCACAUUAUUACCAACUAAAGGAUGUCGAUGCUGCUUUGACCUUCAAGAAAACGUCUAGUGGCAAUGUAGUAUGAAGUCUAUCUAAUGUAUUGAUCUUUUGCAAUUAUUAUGAAUUCUUGUGUAUUCUUAAUUAUAUAGAUGAAUAAAAACACACUUUUCAAUA